UCCGACCGACUCCGCACGGUGACGUCAGCAAGCUGUAAAUGCACCGCCUCGCGGCCUGAUCGGUCUUUUACCUCUCCCGUGCUGUUAGGGCGGCAGGCCUUUACUCUGUCUCUGGAAAGAUUUAACACCGAAGCAGCAAAAUGAUCAUCUACAAGUGCAUCAUCAGCGGUGAUGAGAUGUUCUCAGACAUCUAUAAAGUAACAGAAUCCGACUUCUUCUACGAGGUUGAAGGAAAGACAAUCAUCAGGACAGAGGACUUGGACGAUUCUCUAUUUGGGGCCAACGCCUCUGCUGAGGAAGUGACUGAGGUCAACGAGACAUCUUCCGUCAGCGGCGUGGACAUCGUGCUCAACCACAAGCUGCAGGAGACAAGCUUUAACAAGAAGCAGUACACAGCGUACAUUAAGGAUUACAUGAAGGCGAUUAAAGCCAAGCUGGAAGAGACCAAUCCAAAGAGAGUGGAGGCCUUCACAACUGGUGCCGGAUCUGAAGUUAAGAAGAUUUUGGGAAACAUCAAUAACUACCAGUUUUUCACGGGAGAGUCCAUGAACCAUGAGGGCAUGGUGGGUCUGCUGGAUUACCGUGAGGACGGCAUCACACCAUACAUGCUUUUCUUCAAGGAUGGUCUGGAGGUUGAGAAAUGUUAACUACCUGGAACUACAUCUGCUUUUCAAAUGACUGCUGCUUCCAAAAUGGCCCCAAGAGCAGACUGAAGAGCACUAUUUUGCAUCAUGCCUGAACAGAAACAUUCUUGUACAAUUUCUUAAAUAUUCCCGUUAUAGCCCACAGUACCACUCCCAAGACUGGGUGAAUCAAACGUGACUGGUCACUGACAACAGUUUUUAACUUUUUCUUUUUGGCUUUUGCAGUAUCUUGAAAUUCUUUUUUUUUUUUUCUUUUUUUUUUUCCUCAGGAUUGGCUCACUUUUUUCGAUUUAAAGUAAAAGGCAGGACAGUGUGGAAGCUCUUGACUGAGAGAAGACAAUUUUUUUUCUUCUGUCUGUAUACUGUUUUAGCAAUGAUCCAUAAAGGUUGACCUCCUCAGACCUCUGUGUUUAUGGUUGCACUAAAUAAGAUUCCAUCUACAGUGAAGACUUAAUUUGAAAAUAAAAUGUAGUACCACCA